CGCAAAGCAAUCUUCUUUGCUGACUCACAAUAAUAAAAAUUAAGAAAAAUUUAAUGGAAGACAUGAAUUCGGCAACAACCGACCUUCACUUCCAUUCGGACUCACGUUUAGAUAAUUUCCCCGCAGUAAAAGCCACGUUUACAUAUCUGUUUCACGGUGCCGUAAAAUCAUUGCACCUUAACGCAUACAUAUGAAAAUGAGGGCAGCUGCUUUUCAAACGAUCCACUGACGAUAGAGAUCAGAAUGCCUCCGGCGUCAACGCUUCGCGGCUCCGCUUAUCUCAACGCGCUCGCCGUCGAGAUUGAGAAGAAGCUUCAACGUGCAGUAGCUUCGGCAUCUCAGAGGCGGAAUCUGUUGCAAGAGUUAUUUGCGGAUAUCGCUUUAGAAGUAGAUGAUCGAGCCAAAGGUAUUAUUUUUGGUGAGGAAGGUGCCAUUUCUGUUGAAGAUCAUGGAUAUGGGGGCCCUAUAUGCUUUUACGACGUGCUUGCUGAUCAUUUUGUUAACAUGCCCGAGAAUGGGAAAUCAAUCCUUGAUCUAAUUGUACAACUUUGGAGCCAGUCAUUUGCAUCUAACAUAUUUUCUCUCUUGUUCCACAAGUGGCUUUUUGAGGUUCAGCUUGAUAACCCUGAGGUCCUACUCCGCUACUCUUCUGCACUUGUUGAAGGUGCUACAAAUGUUUUCUGGAUUGAUAUCCAGACAAAUGCAAGGCGUUUCCAGAGUAUCUUUCGGUAUCUCCUAGAGGAAGUUGCUCUAUGUUCAGAAAGACUAAAGAAGAUUCCAUUACAGGCUCAGCGAGAUCUGUUCCUUCUCCUCUCAAGAUUCCUUUUCUUCUAUAACUCAGGUGACAAGCUUGAUAGCUUUUUGAAGCAGUUUCCUGAUUUCCCAAAUGCUUUCUUGAUUGGUGGUGCCCCGGACAUAUUCGUCAUGGAACUAGCUGAUCAGCUUCAAAAAUUAAAGGUGGAGCCAGUCCUUCUCCAUUACCUCUCUGAGAUAAAAGUUCUGCGAGGCUUAGAACUUAGAAUGGCGACUAGCACGAGAUUGAAAACGAGCCUGUAUAGCUUCACAUCUCCAGGUGGUCCAAUGUACCCUACAAGAGCUGUCCGGCAUGCAGCAUGGGACGCUUUGGACUUUCUUUUUCCUGUGAGUUAUUUGAACUUCUGCAUCUUCAUGGUGCAUUUCAUAUCAGUUGCUAGUGAUAGAUUGCAAAGUUGGGCGAUACCCGCGACACUUGAUAAGUCUCUUCUUUCGAUUGCUCUAUCCAUGGCUUUGGUGAAGUUAGGCAAUCUGUGCAUAAAGAUUGUAAUGUGUUUGUUCUUCAUCUUGUUCAAAGAUGUGUUGUACAAUGUACAUGUGCUUGUUAUACUACACUUGUAG